CGCUACAACGUGUUUUUAUCGCUGGCUGUCCAGACGGAAGGUGCUGAAACGCUUUGUCGCGUGUCUGGAAGAAGUGAAAACUUUCCUGGGCAGCAAAGGGCUCACCUUUCCUGAGCUGGAACAGCCAGAGUGGCUGGAAAAGCUACACUUCAUGGUAGACAUGACAGCGCACCUGAACACGCUGAACACAGCUCUUCAGGGGAAAGGACGUACAGCCCUGCACAUGUUGGAGGAUGUUUUGGCAUUCGAGCGCAAGUUGACAGUGCUUGCCAGAGAUUUACAGAAAGGCACUUUGUCUCACUUCCCCAAUUUGAGAGAGUUCAAACAAGGUCACGACAUGAUAAUUUCUGAGUAUUUACAUUCUGCAAUCAUCGCAAUGCAAACAUCGUUUGGGAAACGCUUCUGUGAGUUCAGAGAGGAAAAAAACACAUUAUCCUUCCCGGUCACUCCCUUAAGCAUCGAUCCUUCCCUACUGAAUACGACUGCAUUGGCAGGUGUGAGUCAACCUGAUCUUGAGAUGGAACUGGCCGACAUAGCCGACAAAGACAUAUGGGUGUCCAAGUUUAGACGCUUGACAGCAGACCUUGAAGAUGUUGCCCGUCAGAAGGCCGUUCUUGCUCAGAAACACAAAUGGAGUGAUAUUGAAAACCUCACAGAUGACAGCUUGCGAUCCUGUGUAAAGAUGAAGGUGACAUCAUACAGCCCUGAUGUGCAGACGCUGUGCGCUGAGGUCCAGGAGCAGAAAUCCCAUUAACCAAUCCUUUCAUUUUUCAGGAUGACAGCUGGCUGACGUUAUUUUUGGUUUGCUGCUGGCGGAAAAUUUAAGUUCGGCGUUUUUCAUAAAUACAAGAAGGACUCAAAUAGACAUUGAAUAUUUUACUUAAAAGUAACUUUCAACCCAACGUCUUUUUUUCGGAGUUCAAAAUGUUUUUGUUGCAUGCAGAAAUGUAAUUUCGUUUUCUCUGCAGGAGUUCAUCAAUUUCAUAAAUGCAACACAUUAUAGUUUGUUUAUACAUAGCAUAAAGGCAAAAAAAACGUUGUAUGCAGUGUUAUUUCAUUUUAAAUGUCAAACGGGUUUUGCGGCUCCCAGUGUUUUCUUUUCUGUGGGAAACGGGUCCAAGUGGCUCUUUCAGUGGUAAAGGUUGCUGACCCCUGGUAUAGGGUCUCCGAGAGACAGGAUUGACCUGCGCUAAGGAAGGCAAGGACUGAUUAAAAAUGGUCAGCAUGGGUUUGUGUGUGUAAAAUAGUAUCUUCCAAGUUUCAAUUGAAUUUUUUGCAGAAGUGACAAUGAGGAUCGAUAAGGGGAGGGAUAGACAUUGCCUACAUGGACAAAGUCCCUUAUGGUAAGCUGGUCUGGAAGUUUAGAUCAU